GCGUGCUCGCCGCACGAUCGGGACGUGUGUGCCCCGUGAGUGUCUCGGCCGUGACUCGUCUGAGAGGGUUUUAAACAGUGAGUAUCGCCGCGUGCCCCGAGUGACUCCGAUCCGAGAAACGACUUUUUUUUGUGACAGUUUGUGAGACUUAGUGACAAACAAACAAAAAAACGGAGGAUAUAUAUUUCGGAAACGGAACAUCGUCGCCAGCGACAUAUAUCGAACGAAUAUCGAGAAGUGAAUUUUGAACGUGAGUCACGCACUUGAGAGACGCGCAAUCUGUGUUGAAGAGGGUGGAUUGUGUGCAAAGAAAGAGAAGAGAAAAAACCGAAGUACAAUAGAGAGUGCGGCUGAUUCUUCGAUCGUUUUCGUGUGUGAGUCACGUUGUCACUAACUCUCUCCUUGAUUCUCUCUCUUUUUCCUUUCUCUCAUUCUUCGGAGUUGAACAAGCUUUCUCUCUCUUCCACUUUUGCGGCGCGGCAAGAAAUCGGCUUGGAUCAUCAUGGAUUGGACCCGAGGGAUCGGCCUGGUCAGCGUGUUGUUGUUCUGCCUCGGCUGGAUCGGGGGAACAAACGGCCUGAGAAUGCUGGAGCUGAAGGUGCCUAGGCACGUGAUACGCGGUCAAAAUAUAGAUCUCCAGUGCAAGUUCGAUCUGGAUGGCGAGAAGCUAUACUCGGUCAAGUGGUACAAGGACGGGAACGAGUUCUACCGAUACGAGCCCCGGGAAAAGCCACCUUUCAAGAUGUUCAAGCAGCCCGGCGUUACGGUAAUCGUUCACAAUUCCACCGAACGGUCGGUCGUUCUCGAUUCCGUGAACCUUAUGAGCUCGGGACGCUAUAGAUGCGAAGUUUCGGCGGAGGCGCCUUACUUUCAGACCGUGUCCGACCAUUCGGACAUGGUGGUAGUCGCCCUGCCGGAGAACGAGCCCAGUAUCACGGCGCAAACCGUCGGGAGACAACGUUAUCAUAGCGGCGACAUCAUGCGGUUCAAUUGCACUUCGGCGAAGUCGAAGCCACAUGCCACUCUCAGCUGGUUCAUCAACAGCGAACCCGUCGAGAGAAAAUUUUUGAAGACCUACGACACCGUCGUUGACGAAGAGGGUCUGGAGACUUCCACACUUGGUCUGGAGUUCACGCUGCAACGACAGUACCUCGGGAAGAAGGGAAACUUGAAGAUCAAAUGCCUGGCGACGAUAGCGACCGUAUAUUGGAAAUCGAAUGAGCUCAGCAUAGAGGGUGAGACUGACAAGGAGAAGCCUGUGAAGAUGUCGGUAAUGGAGAGCAGGGAGACAAGAGCGCAAGGGCAUACGCACGCCGAACAUAUCCUAGCGAACGGAAGCGCAACGUCGGGACCGUGCGUCGUUCUGGUGGUCAUGGGGCUGCUGAUGCUGCGGUAAGGAUCGAAAGUAAAGUACUCGCAACUUGUGUCCCUCGUGCUCAUCCUCUUAGGCCUGCGGACGCGCCAUCCUCGUGUGUGACACAUGAUUACGUAAUUAAUAAAUUAACCCGUGUUGUUUAUAUUUUUUAUAAAUUACAAU